CAUGGUGGAGUGAAGAGGUUGAAGUCAGGUCAGAGGAAGUAUGCCUGUGAACUCACACUGGACCCAAACACAGUAAACAGCAAUCUCUCAUUGUCUAAGGACAACAGAAAGGUGACAGAGGUGUUGGAAAAGCAGCCAUACCCUGACCAUCCAGAGCGAUUUCACCACUGGAAGCAGGUUCUGUGUAGAGAAGGUUUGAUCGGGCGCUGUUACUGGGAGGUUGAGUGGAAAGGAUGGGUUAAUAUUGGUGUGGCAUACAAGGGAAUUAAAAGGAAAGGACAGGAUGACGACAGCUGGAUCGGACAGAAUGACAAGUCCUGGAGUCUGUUACGCUGUGAUAAUAAGUUCUCUGCCUGUCACAAAAAUAGGAGGGUAAUCAUACCAAUCAACUUCUCCUUUGACAAUGGCAGAGUAGCAGUGUAUCUGGACUGGCCUGCCGGUACUCUGUCCUUCUACAGGGUCUCCUCUGACACACUGAUCCACCUCCACACCUUCAACACUAGAUUCACUGAACCGCUCUACCCUGCA